AUGAUGCAUAGCAUUGUAAAUAACACAGCUCCAGAACAUCUGACUUCGCGUUUUGUUCGUCGCUGCGAUUUAACUAGUUAUAACCUCAGAGAGAAUAAAUACAAUUUCGCUGUUCCACAGCCCCGUACUGAAUCUUAUAAAAGAACUCUUUCUUACAGCGGAAGUGUGUUAUGGAACAGCUUGCCUCUGGAGGUGCGGUAA